AUGGCUUCUGAAGACUGGUCCGAUCAGGAUGAAUAUGAGGUUCCUCUGCAAGACAGACGACCAUUCGGGGCAGGACUCAAGCGAAAACGAGUCGUCUUCGUUCCUGCUUCGACAGGCGGCCUCAAUACUACCGAAGAGACGAGAAUCCCGAAGCCGUCUAGAUCAGUGUCCGACAUGUAUCUAAGCAUAGUUCUGCCAAAGGACGCCAACCAGUCUACGGGAGCAAACGAGACGAAUACUCCUGCACCUCAGAUCUGCCAGGUCUGUAGCCUCCCGAUAAACAAGGACUCUGAGGCUGUAGACACGAACAACGCAACGGGUCGACCCCAUGAAGCCUCGAUAGCGCAUCAGGUAUGCAUGACACACUCACAUCCGCCCUCUGCCCUGGACCGUUCGCGCAUGGGGCUGGGCGUCCUACAGUCUCAAGGGUGGGAUCCCGACUCGCGGAUAGGACUCGGUGCCACGCAGCAGGGCAUGAAAUAUCCCAUCAAGGCGAAACCCAAGUACGACACGUUAGGUAUAGGAGUCGAGGUGCCAAAAGACGCAGUCGUCAAGAAGAAGAAGGAGAAGGUUCAGACGCUGGAUGCGAAGAAGGCUCGCAAGAAGGCUGCAGAUGACAAGAGGCGGCACAAGAAGCUCAGGCAACAGUUCUAUGGCAACUCGGACGUGGAUAAGUACCUAGGACAUGGAUAA